AUGGUAGAGGAGGGAUCACAGCCACUGAAACUUUUCUCUGACUCACAACAGCCUGUUGAUUGCAUUAGAUUUGGAAACACUUACUUUGGCACAGAUACAGUAAAGAGUGUAGUGCUUUGCAAUGCCAGUUCCACGGUACAGAGUUUUGUCAUUUCCCUGGAGGAGAGUGGACCAGGCCAGCUACUGGGCACCGACCUGAGUCUAACCACUGAAGCCCUGCUUAGAACGGAGCCGCCACCUGGUGGUGGGGAAGGCGAACUAGACGUGGCAUCGCUGGUGACGAUACGACCGAGUGAAGGCUGUCUCCAACCACAGGAGAAGAUCACGGUCUACUUCUGCUUCCACCCACGGAUACGCACCUCGAAGCAUGGUUUUAAGAGUCGUACGAAGAUGCCUGCGAGAAGGGACUACGUGCUGUUUGCGCGCGUGAACCUCAUAGGAAGCGAUCAUGCAGCGAAGAAAGGUGGCUCUGUGGAGGUGUGUUUGACUGGAACAGCACUGCCCAUACUCGUCUCCUCUUCAGUAUCAAAGCUACAGUUUGGCACGUGUGACAUGUCAGAAAAGGUUAGCCGGACUUGCUCACUGAGGAAUGAAUCGCCUCUUCUUCCAGUAAAAUUUAGGUUUGGCAAAAUGGCUCAUUUCACCUUUGAGCCGAGUAGGGGAAGAGUCGAGCCUGGUAAAACCUUAGAAAUCUCCAUGUGUUUCAAUCCCAGUCAAUACGGAAUCUUCCGGACCAGCGUUGAGAUUGAGAUUCUCGGCACGGCCGUCGCAUCCUCCGGGAGGCUGGGCACGGAAGCCGUUCUCGCCGUGCCCGUCAAACUCUCCGCGACCUGUCAGUCUAAGCUGAGGAGGAGGGAGGAGAGGAGUCCAGCGGUCGUGCAUCCGGAUGAACGCGCACGCAGCAUCCGUCCCAGCAACCCUAGUCAGCCCUGCAGGACGGAGCACACAGGAUUGUGGCGCUACACAUACACAGAUCCAGACUAUGCAUUUAACAAUGAGGAAUCGAAGGAGAGACGUGCACAUAAGGACCGAUAUCAAAACUACAUUGCAGAUGUGCGUUGCAGACGCCUGAAGAAAGAGAAAGAGCUCGAGCAACGAAAUGUUGUCAGUAACACUGACGUAAGACUGAAGCCUAAUUCUACAAAGAAGAAAAAGCAGCCACCUAGCCGUUACAAACGUCGUGGGACCGCACGCGACACGGAUGAUGUCUGGACACCUUCAGAACAAUCGUCUCAGCCGGUGAGAGUUGUUGAGGCGGGCUACAAGGCAGUGGCCAGCACACAACAGGAGAUAGCUGACUGCAGGGUGAGGCUAUCCCCGGGUCAAUUGUACCAGCUGAAAAUUGGACCAGCAGUGCUGGACUUUGGGGAGAUCUGCGUACAUUCAACCAUGACGAAACAGUUGACAAUCACCAAUAACUUGACAACGCACGUCUUGAUGGAGAUUAAUGAGGAUUGCGCCGACGUGUUUAGAGAGAGCGCUCUAUCACACGUCAUCUUGCCUCGCAGCGAGACAACGCUGCCAGUAAUACUAGAGCCGGAAGAGAAAGGCAUGCUCUGCAGGUGUGUGUCGUACACGUUGAACGGACACUAUCACGACAAGGUCCAACUCACAGCAGACGUCGUUCCUGUAGCUCUGCAGCUAUCUGCUACCGACAUCCUGCUCACGGCUACUCCAGGGAUGCCUCCCCAUGCAGAGUUCCGGUCUGUAGUCACCUUGUACAACCGGCGCAACCUGGCGGCAGAAUUUAGCUGGGUGCCUGACAUUGGUGACAAUGGAACGUCCUUCUCCGUCCGACCAGCGGUGGGAAUGGUGGCGCCCUACAGCGGCCUGGAUUGUGAGGUCGUCUACCAUCCAAGCUUCGCCGGCUUGACCGACGGAUACUUUCAAUUGCAGGUUCACCAUGGCAACACACUGUACCUGCACUGCGAGGCGGAGUAUAGAGGCAGCACUGUGCAGUUAGCAGAGCGUAGCCUGCACUGUGGCGCUAUCGCGCUGAAUCUGCGCACACUACGCACGGCAGUGAUGCACAACACUGGCACACACAAUGCCUACUUCCAAAUCGUGAACCCAAACCCUGUCCCCAACUUCUACAUUACUCCACGGGAGGGUGUCGUUCCAGUCGGAGGGUUUGCCGAAUUACGCCUGGAGAUGGCGCCACAGACUGUGUUGAGGUUCGACACUCGCGUAUUCAUUGCCGUGCGUUGUGGGAAGACUCUAGAAAUGCGCAUUGGUGGACGUGUCGAGGCGCCCUCUGUUGACAUCGAUACGCCCAGUUUCAAGUUUGGCGGCGUCUGGUGUGGAUCUGAGAUACGGCUGCCGUUCAAGCUGAGUAACCGGGGAAACACGCGUGCGCAGGUUGAAUUCGACUUCACGCACUACCGAGACUUCUCUCUUACUCUGGACGACGCCACCGACUGCGAUGGCUGCCAGGAGGAGGGUGUCGAUGGGAGCGUGGCGCCGGUCUACACGACUGAGCUUGCCGCUGGCACCUCCAUCGGUGCAGAGCUGGUGUUUGCGCCGACCGAGGUUGCUUCCUACGACUUUCUCCUGCCUGUGAUGCUUAACGACAGCAUUGCUCCGUCUCCGACUCCGACCCCGUUCCCUCCCAGCCCGGCCCCGAUCGCGAAACGCCAGACCGAGGCCGCGCAGCGUCCGACAGCGCCCCCUACACCUUGCAGGCGCAUCAUCGCGACGGCACUGAGGUGCCCCCUGGUGGUGUCGGAGAAGGAGAUUGAGCUUGUCGUGCCACAGAUGUUCGACGGAUGCAAGCGAUCGGUGAAGAAGGACAUCACGGUGCGUAACCCGGGAGGUGAGAGAGUUGAGUGGCACCUCGAUACCUCUCACCCACUCCUACAGCAACAUGUCUUCUCUAUCUGCGCAACAGAUGGAGCCACCAGCGGCUGCCUGGCAGCAGGAGAGGCUGUCACCUUGACCAUGACCUGGACAGUACUGCACGUCAGGUUCGGCGGGAAUUUCCGCUCGGACGGGCCCCGCGUCGCGUUCUCUCCGCGCUCGCUCGUGCUCACGCCUACGCCACUCAACGCUAGCGUCACCGCUGAGGUGCAGCUCGUCGCCACGGGAUAUGACCGGUAG